GGUUAACCAAAGGGGCGUCGCCCGGUUUCUGUGAAACUCAAUGAGUUGUGAACAAACAAACAAACAUACUGUUUAGUUCAAUCAGCCAUGGCGUAUCUGUUCUACUAUGCUACAGCUGUGGUAGCAAUUCUCAUCUCUGCAAGGAUUCUCUCUGUCUUGCUGAGGGUAAAGAGAACAAUUCCAUUCAAGAGGCUUCAAUUAUCAAAACUGCAGAAAUUAAAUGAGAAGGGAGGGGAAAACAAUGCUCUAGUGAUCGGCGGGCAAGGUCUACUUGGAAAGAAAUUGGUUCAGAGCUUAGUUAAAGAUGGAUCCUACACAAUACACUCGUUGGAUUUGUAUAUCCCAUCUGAAAGCAGCCGCUUGCAAGGUGUGGCUAGCUAUAUACAGACGGAUAUCACAAACGAAAAGGAUGUUUUGAAGGCCCUGGAAGGAAUGGAUUCGGUGUUUUUGACAGCUAGUCUGCAACCAUCUGUGAAAUUUUCAGAUAACCAAAUGCGAAGAGUUAACAUAGACGGCACAAGAAAUGUUGUAAACGCCUGCAAAGCACAAGGAGUAAAAAGACUAAUUUAUACAAGUUCAACUUCUGUAACUAUGAGCAAGUUCCCGGACAAACCAGAUGACCUGAUACAAGAGUCGGACCCCUUCCCAGAGAUUCCACUAAACGCAUACGUUGAGUCGAAAGGCAAGGCUGAGUUAAUGGUUCGUGAAGCUGACGGUAGUGGUCAACUCAACACUAUUGCUCUUAGGCUGGCAGGGCUACUGGGUGGUAAAAGCAAUCCAGUUUCGGAGUUUUUUUGCAAGCCGAUUGUGAUAUAUGCUGGAGACGGGAACUUCAAGAUUGACUACGUCCAUAUCGACUCUGCUGUAGAAGCACAUGUUUUGGCAGAGAAGAAGCUGAACAACGAGCAGAAGAAAGGAGGAGGCGUACAAAGAACCCAUGAAAAUGGCGUGACAAGUGGAACACACAAGAAUGGACACGUCAAGAUUAAUACAAUUAGUGGCAAGGUGUACAUGAUCACUAUGAGAGAAAAAUGUACACUAAAAGAGCUAAUGGAGCACGUUUCCAAAAUACGUGGAAUUCCCAGACCAUUUGGUAUUCCUUUAUCUCUGCUGUUUCCAAUCACUCGCUUAAAUCGCUGGUUGUAUGUAGUUACAGGACUGGCUAUCCUUCCCGUGUGUACAAUGCACAUUGAAUUUAUGAGGGACUUCAAUGCUCUCCCAGAUCUGGCAAAUAAGGAGUUGGGGUGGGUGGAUGAAACCUCGUGGAGGGAAAUCAUGGAGAAAGCAAUACAUGAAUAUUGAUUGUGGUUUCAUCACAUGAUGGUUAUUUUAUUAUAAUAAUUAUAGUGUAGCUAUCGUAUUAUCGUGUGUGUGUAUACAGCUAUGCAUGUAUAUGCAAUUUAUAUUAUUUUAUGCAUGUUGUAUUGUAUCUGUGUACCCAGUUAUAUUUAUCAUUAUUUUUAUGCAAUGUUUUAUGUGUGUUCUAUAAUAAUUAUUAUAUCCAG